AUGGCAACUGGAUAUUCGCUCACUACGCAUUAUGCCGGCCAGGGGCUGCUCGAUAGCUUCAGUUUCUUUAUCGGGAAUGACCCUAGUCAUGGCUUUGUUGAUUACCAGAGUAAAGAAGACGCUAUAGCCAAGAACCUAGUUUCAGUGGGAAGAGACUGCAACAACGUUAGAAUUGGCGUUGAUUCAAACAAUACAUAUUCGGCCGGUGAUAAGGGGCGACCUAGUGCGUUCAAUAACCAAGACAACGAAACGGAAUGGCCCUUAGGAGGCGAACUAGAAAUCAUAGAGGGUGCCAACACGGCCCAAAGAAACUUAUACUCUGCGCAUACUACCGAAGGCUGCAAAGCUCCCAGUGCUGGUUUCACUGGAAAGCAAGGACGAGUAAACUGCUCGCCAACGGGCGAUAACGUUGGCUGCAAUUAUGCAGCUCCUCAAUCUGAUACUACUUCAUAUGGCGACGCAUUUAACGCCGAGGGCGGCGGCGUGUACGCUCUUGAGUGGGAUUCUGAAGACCUGAAAUUAUGGCAUUUCCCACGCUCGACGAUCCCGGACAACAUCGUGUACGCUCACGUCUUAGGACCUGAUCCCACAACCUGGGGCCCGCCGCAGGCUGUCUUCGGCGGCUCUUCUUGCAGCCCUGAUGAACACUUCUUCAACAUGAGUCUUGUAUUGAAUACAAACUUCUGUGGUGAUUAUGCUGGCAAUCUCUGGGGUAAAGCCGAUCAGUGCAACCGUCUUGCCCCGACCUGCGAACAGUUUGUGGCUGAGAAUCCUAGGAGUUUCGAAAACACUUAUUGGGAUAUCAACUUCAUCGACGUCUAUCAAAUGGGACCAUUGUCGGAGAAGACAGUGCCGCCCCUGCCUAUAAACACUACAGCGACUAGCAUAUCAUCGGCAUCUAGCGUAACAGGAGCUCCAACGGGCGUAGUUCCAACCCAUACCCGUACUAUCACACUGUCCACAGUGAAGCCUACCGAAACCAGUAGUAGCCCAAUAGACCCAACGGAUAUAGACGGCCACACUCUUCUCGGAUGUUUCCGGACUCAUGAUAGUGGCAAUCCAUUCUUACCUGUUAAGUCGGGCGCGGAUAUGGACAACAAAGCCUGCGUGGCUGCUUCUGCCGGACACAAGUAUGCCGGCGUGCAGGGCGAUACAUGCUACUGCGCCGACACCCUUGGAGAACUCAGCGGAGUCGAAAAGGCACUCUGCAACACGCCCUGUCUUGGGAACGGGGACGAAAUCUGCGGCGGCCUCACCAGCCCAGCAUCGACACGAAUCUCGCCUAGUCACUCUCCUAUAACCAACUCCUCCACACCAUCAAUUCAGACCCAUCGUCUCCCUGCUCUAUCCAACGUCCUCCUAACAGUAUACGCAAACCUAUUCAACGACCCCGCGCCCCCCGGCGCUCCCGCAAUGGGCGGCAGCCCACCACCACCACCACCACCCCAUCCAUCCUCACUCAAGCUCAAGCCCAAGCCCGCACACAAAGACGCAAUGGUUACAACCGACGUAACGAUCACGUACACGACCGUAUGCGCGACAAACCCGGCAAAGCUCGUAGAAGCAGAGUACCACACGACAGUCACGUACGCACAGUGCACCUGCACCCACUCUCAGCCACCGCACCCGACGACCAAGCCCGCUCCUCCGCCCCCGGCCGCCCUCGCCGCCGUCCCCAUGAAGAUGUACAAGACAACGUGCCGGGCGUGCGGGGCACAUGGCGAGAGCACGGUUACGCUCACCGUGCCGCAAGCCCUGUAUACCACCACCACCAGCUCCUCCCCCUCAGACGUCGUCGCUGUGACUACUACUACCGCCGUGCACACCGUUAUUCCCGUCGUCGGCACCGGUGCGGUCCCAACAAACGGGACCGUUCCCGCGGCUGCGGGUGUGGCUACGUUUACUCCGCCCCCUCCGCCUAGGCCGCGGCCGAGUAGUUUCGCACCGCCCCUCGUGGCGGCUGCUCCUCCCCGCAGCGAGACGUUUACGGCUGUGCAGAUGCUUGGCUGGGGCGUGGCGGUGUGGUUUACGCUGUUUGAGAUCAUGCUUAUUUUGUGA